AUGGUUGCCUCCUCAUUAAGAUCCGCACGGACGCGGCGUUGGCGGCACAAGGAAAAAAUCAAACGCGUGUUUGCGGACCAGAAGAAAAGACCUAAAGACGAAGUUGCCGCCUCCACCACCUGUGCUGGGUCCCUCAUUCUUCUUGGGGAGGUGGCGAACCCAUCAAGAGGAAAUAGGGAGAGUUGGUUUUCGACGUCGGUUACAACCUUGCAACACGAAGCCCUUCUUUUAACUGUCCACCUUUGUAUUGCCCCCUGCAUGCGCGCACGCGAGUACCACAACAAGCGCUUUCCCUUCGCUUAUUGUCUUUCAAGUAAGCCGACAUUCGCACACAAAUGCACCCAAGAAACUAAGUGCGUCUCAACUGUGCGAUCCCGUCCGCCAGAUCAAAGGUGUAUGUUGGAGCCCCCACAUCCUCUUCUCGACCUCUCGACUCUGUGA